GGAACACAUAACUCGGGGGAACACAAAUCCCUGUGACAGCGGAAGCGUUAGUUUAGGUUUGAUUGCAGAGCAGAAAGGUUUAUAAAACUCGCCACAUAAAGCCUGUUUCUGCUUUAAGACUGGGUCUUUCCCUAAAGAAUGGAAAGACGCUAACCUAGUUCCUGUUCAUAAAUCUGAAUCAAAGGCUGAAGUUACUAAUUAUAGAGUUUUAUUCUGGCAUGGCUCAUAGUUCAGGAAAUCAUUCAGAUKAUGACGUGAUCCCUGGGGAAAAAAUGAAGCUAGAAAAAGAUGAUUCUUGGCCUUCUUCUUCAGCACAAGAGAAGUCUAUAAGAUCAAGCCAAAAGUUACUGUUUAAAGUAAAAUUUUCUGGAAAAACUAAAGAUUGCCAGACUAACGGUCAGGAAACUAUAAAAGACAUGCUAAUUCGCUAUCAUCCAAAAUUGCCAAAGGAAAGAGCUUUUAAAAAUAUGAUUUUCAAAAGAAUUCGUAAUGAUUGUGCUAUAAACUUAGGGUUACCAACAGGAGCCCUUAGUGAUGAAGAAUAUGAGUGUGUCAUUAGGACUAAAAGUGAUGGGGGGGAAUCAGAUUUUGCUAAUAUGAGACAAUAUAAUGUGAAAAACUAUAGAAAAGAUUGGGACAUGGGCUGCUUCUUCAUCAAAUUUGACAAGAAGCGUAAUUUUCAACCUUCAGUUGGGGACAUAAGAACGGAAGUAGAUAUGGUCCAAAUAGACUUCUUCCAAGAAGAAAGUCUGUAUGGAGCUAUAGUAAGAGAUAAACGGUUACAAAUUAAAAAUGAUAAGGGUCAAUUAGUUGUUGCAAAGUGGUAUUUUAAACUGGAUGAUUCCGAGGUAUCUCUCAGUAAUGAUGCUAAACUCUACAAGGAAAAUUCUUUUAAAUUGUAUCAAAAGCGACAAGCAGAUACGAAACUUCCAGAAAGUGUGCCAGAAUUGCUGGAACCCAAUCUUGCUGGUGCUAAAAUUUACUGUUUAAAAGAAAAUGAUACAGUAAAACCUGAAUCAAAUUCAAAUGCAUCAUUGGUGGCCAUGAGCACAAAUUUUGACAUUCAAGCCAGUAGCUCUGGUUCUAAUUCACAGGGUAUAAAGUUCACCUGUGACACAGACUUUGAGGAUUUUUUAAAAAGGCAUUUUAACGUUGAGGUUCAGAAACAAGCUGAACAAAAGAUUGAAAAAAAGAGAAUUUCUAGUAUUAAAAGAUUUUUUAGCCAACAUUACAACAACUUUGCCUUAACAAAAGGAAAUGUAAGAUCAGCUUCUAAAUGGAAGGAUUUGACAAUGAUUUUUGAUUCUGUGGGAGCAGUUGUAGUUGAGCUUGAUAGUGGUAAAGAAUUCUCUAUAGGCACAUGUUUUGUGAUUGGAUCAGAGUAUGUGAUUACAAAUAGACAUGUUUUUGACAUGACCUUGAACCAUGUUGGAUUCAAGGAUUUCUAUGUAGACUUCGAGUAUAAACAUGGUUGUCAUGGUUACAAGUUUAGAUUUUCCAAGACACCUGUAAUAAGCUCUGAUGCUGAUUUUGCAAAUGAUUAUGCAAUUUUGCAAUUGCGUGAAUCAGACAAAGAGCUGCCUCCAAGUUUAGCCAAAUGUGGUUAUGUUAUACCGAGCAUUGAUGACAACAUCAAUGCAGGUACCUGGUUGACCCUUGUAGGAUACCCCCAGGGUGCUGAUGGCAAGGUUGUUGAAGAUGCAUGUCCCAUAGAAAACCCUUCCAGUCUGCAUAAAGAUGUGGUUUUAUCUUUGAGUCUAUAUGACCAUACAACUCUUAAGGACUUGAAGAGACGUACCUAUCACACAGGUGCAUUUUUUCAUGGGUCAUCAGGGUCACCUGGUGUACUGAUGAAUGAAAAGUUGUUGGUUGUACUUCAUUGUAGAGGUUUUUUCCUUCAAGAUAACGAGGGUAGCAUCAUUGAACAAGGAGUUAAAAUGACUGCUAUAAAAAAUGAUGUUGACAUUAAAAUCAAAUAUGGUAUUUUGAAAGGGUUUACACUAAAUGAGCUUUUUGAUAUUCCUCUAAAUCCCAAGGAGGAACCAAUGGCAAUAGAUUUAGAUGCUGGGCAAAGUAUUUAAAUAUAAGAAAGUUUGAAUUUUUGUAGAUUUGUGAUUCGAGCAUAGAUAGAAUAAAAAGCCUUAGUUCAUAACAUUGGCACAGCAAUUAUUACAAAAGGCUAUCGCAAGGUCUUAUCUGCUCUGGGUGCUCAGCUGUCCUUAGUUAAAUGUUAUUUUUAGCAAAGUAUCUAAAGAAACAACUAUAAUUAUUGAAUAUAUAAACUUCAAUCAGUUUAUAAGCCUCAAAACCGUAGUUUUGACCAAUCCUAUGAAAUAGGUGUUUAAUGAGGCCAUACUUCGUUUUGUUGGCUUUAAAAUAAAAUAAUGUAAUGGUCAGAACAUGAUGGAAAUAGCUAAAAAUAUAUUGAUUUAAAAAAUAUAUGAAAAAAUUGUAAAACAUA